AUGUCCUCUCCUAAAGUCUGGUUUAUAACGGGGACGUCGUCAGGAUUCGGAAGAUGCAUGACAGAGUACGCCCUCAGCCAAGGAGACAUCGUGAUAGCGACCCUCCGCAAGCCAGAAGCCUUAUCCGAUCUCGCAACUCGAUAUCCUGCAGACAAACUCCUCGUGCUCAAAGUCGAUGUCACGAAGCAAGAAGACAUCGAUGAGGCGUUCGCUCGUACCCGUGAGGUGUUCGGACGGUUGGAUGUGGUUUUCAAUAAUGCGGGCUACCAGCUGGUCACCGAGGUGGAAGGCAUGCCUGUUAAUAAAGCGCGCGAGAUGUUCGAGACGAAUUUUUGGGGCUCGACGAAUGUUAGUCGUGCUGCGGUUAAGUUUUUUAGGGAGAUGAAUGAACCUGGGAAGGGGGGAAUACUUCUCCAAGUCAGUUCGGCUGUUGGCUUAAAUCCGCUUCCUGGAUUGGGUUAUUAUGCUGCGACUAAAAAUGCACUGGAGGGUUUCUCGGAGGGCCUAGCGAAAGAGUUGCCGCCUUCGUGGAACAUAAAGAUCUGCAUCAUAGAACCCGGCGCUUUCUACACAAAUGGCAUCAACGCAGGAGUGCUAUUACCGCAACAUCCAGCGUACACCGACGAUUCCUUUGCGACUUCGGUGUUGCGUCGUAGGCUAGACGCCGCGGUGUUCGAUGGAGAUGCCGAAAAGUUUGCGCGAACUGUUUAUCAGGUCGUACAGGGGGAAAAGAUCCCGCAGCGGUUGCCAAUGGGGUUGGAUGCGAUUGAGAUGCUGACGGCUAAGAUUGAGAGUUUGAAGGCGACUGUCACUGAGACGGCGGGGUGGUCGAAGGAUCUGAAGAGAGCAGGUGGGGGAGUGGGGCUCAUUGUAUAG